AGCAAGCUCCUGUGCCUUGUAGCGUGUGGAUCCGGAACCGAUUCCCAGAACACGAAGGGGGAGAAAAAAAGCUUCUAAUGAUCCCCCAGAACCUGCAUAUUUUCAUACGCUUUUUGGGGGGCCACUAGUUGGGGCGCUUUUCCUUAGCGAACUUACUUAUUUUAAAGUCGGAGCGGAAAAUAAAGCACGCACUCAACCCAAUUUCCGGAGAACCGAGAUUGCGACGAACAACCAGGAAGCGGCUGGGUUGAGAGCUGUCCCCGGUUCUCUGUUCUGCUCUCAGGGGCACCUUCCGGGGUUACUAAGCCGUGGGGCCCCUCGCCGCCCCUCGAGGCCCCUUCCCUGACCUAGGCUUUGGCCUGGGCCGCUCGUUCCGGAGCCGCCAUGUCGUCCGACUUCGAAGGUUACGAGCAGGACUUCGCGGUGCUCACUGCAGAGAUCACCAGCAAGAUUGCGAGGGUCCCACGACUCCCGCCUGAUGAAAAGAAACAGAUGGUUGCAAAUGUGGAGAAACAGCUUGAAGAAGCGAAAGAACUGCUUGAACAGAUGGAUUUGGAAGUCCGAGAGAUACCACCCCAAAGUCGAGGGAUGUACAGCAACAGAAUGAGAAGCUACAAACAAGAAAUGGGAAAACUCGAAACAGAUUUUAAAAGGUCACGGAUCGCCUACAGUGACGAAGUACGGAAUGAGCUCCUGGGGGAUGAUGGGAAUUCCUCAGAGAACCAGUUGAUAAAAUUACGUGAAGAGAGGGCACAUCUGCUCGAUAACACAGAGAGGCUGGAAAGGUCAUCUCGGAGACUAGAGGCUGGAUACCAAAUAGCAGUGGAAACCGAGCAAAUUGGUCAGGAGAUGUUGGAAAACCUUAGUCAUGACAGAGAAAAGAUACAGCGAGCACGUGAAAGACUUCGGGAAACAGAUGCUAAUUUGGGAAAAAGCUCCAGGAUUCUGACGGGGAUGUUGCGAAGAAUCAUCCAGAACCGCAUCCUGCUCGUCAUCCUAGGGAUCGUCGUGGUCAUCACCAUCCUGAUGGCGAUCACUUUUUCUGUCAGAAGACACUGAUGUAUCUGCUCUCCCUUGAUAAACAGCAACAACAGCUUGUUCUGAGUAAUUAAGACAAAAUGGUCACAUGAAUCAUUCUGUUGCGCUGACAGGCCCCGGGUGACCCUCCCUCUCCCUCACCGCCGUUGGGCUGAAGUGCAAAGAGUGUAAAAAUAUUUUCUAUUCCUGUUUGCAUGUGGGUUGGUUUCCUUUUCGAGGUUUGUCUUCACCCAGAUUCGUUUUUUAGAGGGGAAGGUGAAUGUUUAUUUACCUUUUUGCUAAUGUCAUCAACUAGCCAAAAUAGCCCCAGUGACACUCCUCCUAGCCCUUUGGACGUGUCAAGGGCCGUGGUUUGGGAGAGGACACGAUGAGUCAGUCACGAGAGCUUCUGUUUGUCAUACGCCUCUUGUUGCUGAAAAGCUCUUCUGUGAUGUCUGAGGAUAAAAAUGCAGCAAAAAGCAGGGGAUGGAGUCAGUGACCCAGUCCAGCAAGCCAGCCCUGUUCCGACACAGGCCUCAUGAAUAUAGUCAUCAACCUGCCUGAGUGCUUUCAUUGUAAAGGUCGGUAUUUAAUGUCAGUUGUACAGGAAAUUGACUUAGCACUUUCCCUGUUUUUCUAUUGCAUAAUUUUUUUUUUAAACCCAAAAAUAUUUUUUUUGCUGAGCCUGCCCACUAUUCACUGUUCACAACUUUGAUUACUGGCUACAAGAAAUAUUUCCUUGCCUUCCCCAAAUCCCAUACUCCCCAGAAUCUGCUGGCAAAGUGAGCCCUGGUACAGCAUUUAAUUGUGACCUCGUCUUCCCUGACCUGUGUAAGCAUCUCUGUAUCCUUUCGGUUUUAAUAUCUGCACUGCCAAAAGCAGUCCUCAUACAUGCCAAAGGUCUGACAAGGUUCUCUCCACAUCCAUUCCAGUAUGUAAAGAGACCAUGAAUAUUUCAGUAAGAGCAAGAACAUGACUCCAUCAGUGUGAAAUUUCAAAUGUGAUUAUAAAUAUGGGAGAGUCCUAUAGGAGGGUCCACCAGAGAUAAACUUCACGGAAAACGUUCCCUAACCUCCUUUAAAAGAAUAGAGGAUGGCAGAUUGUUACAAAAGGAAUGGCUUGGGUUUUUAACUAACAAAUGUUAGCAAGCCUUUCCUGAAUUCACUAUGUAUUCAAACUUCUAAUAUGCUUUGUGAUUUUUUUCUUUUCAUUUCUUUCCGUCUGAGGUAACCAGGAAUUGCGUUCAAAAUGAGCUCAUUUGUGAUCAGGCUUAAAAGUUGCCCAAGCUGAGGUCGUUUCCCCCGUAGUCACAAAGCAGAAUGUGUUUUUCUCAAGACUUCAUAGGCACUUACUGGUCCGUACUAUCUUUGGAAUAUAAUUAGAAGCUUUGAAUCCUUGAAAAGCAAACCUGUUCUCUUCAUCAAAAAUGCUAACCACCUGUGCCCAUGGAUCAAGAUCACCUGGAUGUAGUGCUUGAUAUUUUUCCCAACUCAGAAGAAAACCAUUAUGGUUUAGAGAGGAAAUGCAGAAUGGCAGAAUCCACCAGAGAAAUUGCACUUAUCGAAACAGGCCAAGGCCUGCAUGUGUUCAGAUAAAUCAUUUAGUAUUGUGUAAAUAAAGCUGCAGCCUUUACUUCGGAGGGAUGGUGUGGGAUUUUGGCCGAGGGAAGCAGGACAGAGAAGGAGCAGGAAGCUAUGCUAAUUUUCCUGUCGGCUUAGGGGAUCCGUCUCAGCAAGAAUCUUGUAUUCUGAUAACGGAAUACUGUACAUGCUGACCACAUCUAAGAACCAUUAAAAAGCAAGGAAACAAACAAACAACCCUUUUCUCAUUCCGACACACGAAUAGUCGUCGAGUAUUACACCAGCCCCUCUGGUGGCUUCCUUCGAAACUGUUGAUCUUAGCUAAAGUGUAUAACCAGUUACCAGCUGCACUUUGCACGGCCAUCCCAUCUACGAUGCGGCAGACUCUUCCCAAGGCCACCUAGCAAGCAAGAUUGAUCGGAUCAUCUAAACCUGCCGCCUUCUAAAUAUUUCGCUGAAUCGUGGCGUUCGUGUUGAAGUAGACAAAAUGAGAAAGGAGGAAGGCAUUGCUCACCUCUCAAUAGCUUUUUUUGUUCAGGUUCUAUGUCUUUAUCAGCUCUUGCCUGUGAUUUUACCCCAAUUCAACCUUGGGAGUGGGAAGAAUACGAACAGAUAACCCUUGGCCUAACAGCUUCAUCAAACCUCCUUGAGAGCAACCACCUAGGCCAGACAAGUGAGUGCUUUGUGAGGAAGCUGGUCAGAAGCGUCCCUCAACUCCUUCCUGGUUCUCCUGGACACUGCAGAAAAGACUUAGGGGAUCCCCAGCAGAGGCCAAUUGCUCUCCUUCCUUCCCUGCCCCACCAGGAAAGGAAUAACGUCCACAAACUUGAAGCAGAUAGCAAAGCAGAUCUGUGAGAGGUUCUAGGUACUUAGGGUGUAGACUUUGACGAAUAUUUCUCAAGUUGGGAGCCCUUGUUAAAAAUGAUGUUUAAGGGAGUGGUUGGGGGGAAGAUGAAGACAUGGAGGAGGAAGAAGAGAAGGAAGCCCUUGCCAUAUAAAAUUCAUGCAGACUAAACAGUUUCCCUGACAGAAUAAAUAAAGUGGAUGCUACCCCACUCCAGAAUCAAAAGCAAUUUAAUUAAAGUCUCUUAAGUUGUAAAGAGUUUUAAAUGAUCCAUGUUGAAGGCAAAUGCCUGCAAAUGCAGCGGGCCUGACGUCAGCUGCCGGGCCUGGGCUGGGAGGCCAUUUGCUAUUCUGUUUAAGGCAGGCUGGAUUGUCUUAUUUUGGAACCAGCUUGGUGGGGGGUUUGCUUUGCUACUGCUUCUGAGCCCUGAGCUUCAAAGGCUGAAAUUAAUGGUGAACAAAAUUGUGCGGCUCUGGCCAUCCCAUGCGGGGCAAGCCCAUUGAGGGUUAUCAUUAAGUAAAGAAAUAAAGAGGGGGAAAAAAGCCUGCCUGUUCCAAAAACCUCAUCAGAUAAUGACCUCAGUGAUUGGGUUUUCAUUACCAAACAGCAUCCAGAGAUUAUCAACCCAUAGAAGAAGGGAGGGGGAAAAAAAGGAAAGAAAGGAAAAGCAACUGUCUUUCUCUCCCUCUCUUUCUCCUUUUCUUUUUUUUUGCACAUCUUUUCUUUAAAACUGUCAGAUCAUUUCAGUAUUUCAAAUCCGAGGAAAACAGCCUGCCUGCUGCUGUAUUUGAAGUUGUAAUGGUGUCAAAAAGUCACGACUGACUGACAGCCGUCAGUCCCAGAGGGGCUCAUUAAAUCAUAAAAACUUGACAAGGAAAUAAUUGCACAUUGCCAGCAACUUGGCGCCUGUUUAGACGUUUUUAUUUUCUUUCAUUAUUAGUCCCCACCAUUACGUUCAUUAACAAAUUGCAUUAAACAACUGUUAAGGGCUAAUGAUUUGUUUAUCGCUUUUUUUUAUUAUUAUUAUUUAAACAUUAGCUGUGUCAUGUGGUACCCCAGCAGCCUCUUGCCAUCAUCUGACUGAAUAUUUUUCCACUCCGAGCUCUGGGUACUGUUGGAAUAUGAAAUAGAUUAUUCAUUACUCUCCUCUUUGCCACUGAUUUGGUUUCAUGUAGCGUCUUCCACAGAGAAAGAUGAAAACUUGUCAAAAAUAGGUUAUAUCUUAUUCGAAGGGGCAACAAUAGCAGCAGGUACAGGCACACUUUAAUAUUUAAUUAAGGUUGAUGUUAACCCCUUUAAAUGACUUUAGCUGUAAGUUAUAUUCAAAUGCAGAAGAGAAAAAUAAUUGUUCUUAAUUUGCAACCUGUUCAGCAGGCGUUCUUCAUGGAGUGAGCUGGAAAUUUAGAGCAGAAUUUUUAAAUAAUGAAAUUUCCCAUCAUAAAUAUUUAUAGCAGUUUGUCUACGUAGUGGAGAAUUAACUAGAAGUGACGAUUUCCUCAUCCCUUUGGUUUGAACUGCUAGCCUAGUGAGGCACUCCAUGCUUGGGAGUGGAGGUGGCUUUCCUGGGAGAAACGUGUGUGUGGAGGGGAAGUUCAGAGCCAAGUUCUGUUGGUUGGUUGUGGUCAGCACUGGUUUCAGAGGAACCACCAUGAGUGCCUAGUCUCCAAGCCACUUGCCUUCCCCUUUGGCUGGGUGUGUGGUUGCAGGGAUGUGGGCAGGCGGGAGAGCCAGUAGAGACGUCUUAAAGGAAGAUGUGUGUCUGGUUGGCUGGUUUGGGGAGGGUCUGAUUGGGGGUAUGUCUUGGGCAUCUCCGUGCAGUCAACUGGAGCUCAUUACAAACAGCGCUUCCCUAAUAUGCAACAGGGAGACACUUUGCUGAGAUGGGCCUUCUGUCCUUUUUCCUUUCUGUGAGUUGCUAUUGGUGAAUGGCUCUUCUUUUCCAUGGACCAUGAGCUUGUAGGGCCAGGGAGGACAGAGCCCCAUCGUCCUCAUCCUAAAUUGGAAGUCAGUGGCCUUCUCCAUGCUAUGGCUGCUGUCUAUGUCUGCUCACCCUGUUUGUUUGAUGAGUUUAUAUAACCAUGGAAGCCACCCUCAGAGGCCUGGUUCAUUGACACUUCAGGGCAGGGGUGUUGGGUCAAUAUCAGGGAAUGGGAAGUUCCUUUCUCCCAUCCGCAGAGGGACCAGGCCCCUUAUGUAGCUCCACCAUGGGUGUGAGGGGAAGAGGUGGUGCAUGUUCCUUGCUCAUUGUAGCAUCUCUCAGCAUCACCCACCCAAGGACAGAUGGUCCUGCAGGAGCCAUGGCAUGGGAGGUAACUGCCCGGCAGGCACGAGCCAGGUGAGACUUGGCCUCAAGCCUCUUUGGUUACUAUGGGUGUAGGAACAGCAGACAUGCCAGGCUUUGGGGGAUCUCAAGCCUCCAUUUCAAUCCAGGAUAAAUUAGCCACAUGACAAUCUGUCCCCCAUGGGAUGGCCUUCACAGGCCUCAACAGAAAAGGUACCGAGAGCCAUUUUUCCAAAAGAAAGGAAGGAAGGCAGGAAAGAAAGAAGGAAGGAAGGCUGGCUCUGUGAAGAGCCACCCUCAGUCCAACUCCCAGUGACCCUGGUUGAGGGUCUGCCUGAGACUAGCUCAAACUCGACCUCACCCUAUGCUGUAACUCUCUAACUCUAAACUAGCCCCCAAAAGAUAUUCUGGUGGUUUCACUUUGCCUGUGACCCAUCAGACUGAGACCAGUGGCACCUGCCAGAGGCUGGCCACAUAAUGUCAGCAGUCAGGUGGCUCUCAGACCAGAUGCCAGUCUUUGUUAAACAGGGCAGGUGACUGCAUGGACAGCUCAGAAAAGCUCCUGAAGCCACAAGUAUUGCACCCAAGAUGGAUGAGAGCAGCCAGGCCCAGGCAGCAAGAGUGUGUCACUGGAGCCAAGACUUCCUGAAAGGAGUGACUGAGCCAGGGUUAGUGUCCUGUUGUGGAGGAGGGCAGACGCAGGGAGUACCGAGUGAGUUCCCAUCUCUAUUGGGAUUCCAGCGCAGUAACAAGGAGCCAGCUUACCAGAGGCGAACAGGGCAAAAGCAAGAUGGCAGGAUGGGGCACGCUGUGUUGGGGGUUGGGUAGCAGAGGGUGGACAGGUGAGAGAUGGAGGGUUUUCCCAGCACCAGGGUAUAGCAAGGGCAAGUAGGCCCCCCUGAGCUCAUCACUGCCGUUCUUCAGGAGGAGCUAAAGAGGGGGAAAGACAGGGUGCAUCUCUCCAGGGCCCCCUGCCCCAGUCACACACCCCUGUGGCCAUAGCUCCUGGGCUCCCAGCGUGCUGUGGGGAAAGCACUUCCUCAUCCGGAAUCGCUCGUUACUCGUGCUACAUAAAGAACUCAGGCAUCACAGAGGGGGCAAUCGCCAGGAAGCAGAGCUCUGGACUGUGAUUCCAUGAACUCGCGCACCCCCUCCUUCCCUUCAUCCAAACAAGGCCCUUUGGCGUGAAUAAUAGCUCAGCGGCUCCGAAGCCGUAUUGAUCGGCUGCACACGCGGCUCCGCCGAGAGCUGCCAGGGCUUUUCCUGGGGGCAGGACCAGCGCCGCUCAGCACAGCCGCCUCUCCCCCUCCCAUUUCCCCGGCCUCCUCCAGGUGUGUUCAGGAGGGGACAAUACCUGGGGGAGCCCAGGCCCUCUCCAGCUCAGUGCCACUUCGUUGCCGCAACUUUGCUGUUUUUCACUUAUUUUGCCAGGGAAAGCACCUAAGUUAGAGAGAAAUGUUUUUUCAUGACGAGGCCCCAGAGUUGAGAAUGAACACAUCCUCCCGCUUCAGUUUCUCGCCAGAAUGUUCUGCCAAGGACCCAGGCCAUAGAGGCAUCCCGGGCUGACACCUGUGGGGGCCCUAUUAUACCCCCAGCUCUGACAAGCACUUCGGCAUCCUGUACCACAUUUUCCCGUUACUCUCCCCUGUCUCAUCCCAUCACAAAAGAGGAGCCGAGAACAUGGCUAAGACUCACCACCUCCUUGGGGGACGGGGACUGUUGCAAAAUUCAACAGAGGUGCAUCAGCCACAGGCUGGGAGACCAGCAGAGAACAAAGCCUGCCAGUCCCACUCCCUGAGCCUCUGACCAGACUGUCCCUUCCCGUGUUUGCACCUCUUCUGGACACAGGAAGUGGUCAAGGCCUUGGCCCUUUGAGGGACGCCAGGCCCCUGCGCAGUGACGUCCUGCGCGGUGAUGGAUGCCUGAAACCCCACCCCUAGAGAUGCAGUCCUGUGGUGUCUGCCCUGUAACACUGGAAAAAUGCAGAUUCAUUUUUCCCUAGACAGCUUCAGUCCUACCAGCCACAGAUCCCUCUAAGUGAGUUGUCUGACCCUUUCCUGGGGGCAGAUUUUGGGUUUGGGGGAGGACAGACCCACCACAUGAGGGAGCCUGAGUGGUCUUUGGGAGAAGGGUUAGAAGGAAAGGGGGGCUUGGUUCCCUAGGACCAGCUCCCUGGAGGUUGCCCCCUAUCAGCUGCCUUCAGCCUUGCCCUAAAGCCCACUCCCUGGCCAGGCCCCUGUUCUUCUAAGGAUUGCGUUCUGGCUUAGGGCUGCAUGCAGGCAAACAUGGGAGCCUGAGAAUGGGCUCUGCCAAGGAGCAGUAAUGGGUUGAGGGUCUCCUGACAGGUCCCACAGCCAUGCCCUGGCUGAGAAGGAUCGAGAAAGAGCAGGGAGGCUGAGUUGGAGUUUGGACAGCUAAUCCUGGGGGCAGGAAAAUUGUGUCCCUCCUCUGGCCCUGCUGAGGCUAAAAGAAGUCCAAAUCCGCUGUGAUGUACAAUGUGGCAUUUGGGGAAGGACCCAAAACGGAUUCUUUUCUGCCCUGAGCAGACCUUCCCCACACUGCCACAUCCAGGGGUCUUGGCACAGAUGGGACACUGUGGCCGUCAGAGACUCUCCGCUCAAUUUCCAUCUUCUCUCAUUCAUCCACACCCACCCUUCCAGAGCUCUACACUGCAUUUCUAAAGAAAGGGAGAAACUCGAGUGAGAACUAGAGGGCUUCAAUGAGCUCAUUACUGUCCCCGACAAGACUUCUAAAUAAUCCAGCCUUUCCCUGUUUGAAGCAUGAGAGGUGUAAGCAGAUUUAUUAAUUCAUUCAAUCAAUAUUUAUUGAGCAUCUACGGUGUUCCAGGCCCUGAAGACACAUGGUGAAGAAGAUAGUUAAGAAAAGAAGGAAGAUAGUCUCACAGCACUGGAAGUCAGAAAACUAUUUUCAUUUCCAGAAUCCUGACUCACUCCAAUCCUGGGCAGGGUCACCCUCGGGGUCUCAAAAUCACAUUGCGAUGUCUGUGCCUCUGCCACCUUCUACGCUGCCCCCUGAGAUGAAUGCCCCAUCACUGUGAAUUACUAGGCAAAAUCCUCUCCAAAUGGACAAUGCUGUAUGUUCAUUCCUCCUUGCAAUCCCCAUGACUGCAUUAGCAAAGGAGCCCCGCUGAGGCUGAGUAGGGCUGACACUUGCCUGACACUUCCCCAUCAGCACUGGCCCUACUUCCAGGACUGGCCUAGGAGAGGCCAGGGAUAGGAAUGGGGACCGUUUAGAUCGGGGCCGACUUGGAGGAUUUUUUCCUCCUGCUUAUUAAAUGUUAAAGGUUUGACUUGGCAGGCAAUCAGGAGCCCAAAAUAUCAUAAAAGGGAAAAAAGUUGCCGAGUGGCUAAGAGGUGCACCACGGGAGUGUCACUGGACCCGCCGACGAGGUGAAUUGCUAAGCAGAGAGCAGUGAACGGAGAGGAAAUGGAGCAGCAGACAUUUUCAAAGGCUUCUCUCCCCUUCUUCUCCUCUCUCUGUCCCCCCAUGCGGAAAGGGGAAAAUAGAAGUAGAAUCCAGAUUGGGGCGCGUGGCUGAUUUGGUCCUCCUCCCGCACCAUCCUCCCCCAGACAGCAGAGAAACUUUGAUGUCUGGGUGCGUGGCAUUCAGGGACAGAGGAGCCUGGGCAUCCCAGCAAAUGCAGCCGCAUGUUCCGCCUCUGGACGGCCUCUCUGAACUCCUUUGUGAGGGGAGAUGAAGCCCACAGAGCUGGAAAGAGCAGCGUUUUGAAAUGAGGAAGUGUGGAUUGGCAUUCCUUGAGCUCAGUGCUAGCCACCUUGGCGAUGGGGUGGGCCAACCAGGAGCUCAGAUUUAUAAAACUUUGGAGCUUCGCGGGCCCUAGGGGGCCACUGUGGCCUACCCAGAUGGGGAAAUGGGGGCUCAGAGAGGGGACAAGAUUUGCUGAAGGUCACCUAGCAAAUUGGUAACAGGUCCAGGAGUAGAUUCCAUGACUGCAGCCUCUGAUGAGACGUCUUUCCUCUGCACCAGGAAGUGGAACUUCAAACAGCACCAGGGGUUGGAACUUUUGUUUCAAAUCCUCUCUGCCUCAUCCCCACCCACUGCCCAGCAACUCAAGGCUGGGUCUUUCGCCCCCUCAGGCUCAGAAGGGCUGUGGCCCAGCCACAGAGCCAGGGGGCCUCCUCAGUAGUAUUGGCCUUCACACUCUUGGUGCUAAAGUUCUCCAGUUACUUUUUUAUUAAACCAACAUGUACAGAAAAACUCAGUUUUCGGUGAGGCACAGUGGCUCACACCUGUAAUCCCAGCACUUUGGGAGGCCAAGGCAGGCAGAUCACUUGAGGUCAGGAGUUUGAGACCAGCCUGGCCAACAUGGUGAAACCCUGUCUCUACAAAAAUACAAAAAUUAGCUGGGCAUGGAGGCGCGUGCCUGUAGUCCCUGCUAGUCGAGAGGGUGAGGCAGGAGAAUCGCUUGAACCUGGGAGGCCGAAGUAGCAGUGAGCCAAGAUCGCGCCACUGCACUCCAGCCUGGGUGACAGAGCUGGAGGGGAACCCUGACACCACUCCUGGGUCCAGAUGGCUGUGGCUGGAGUGCGGUCACAGCCAGGAACAGCGUGGUAGGGAUGCCAGUGGAGCUCUGGUCUUUUCCCAGAGUCUGGCACCUUUCAUGCCGAGUUGGGCCUCAGGUGUCGGGGCUCUAGACCUUGCUGUGCCAGUAGCCUGAUGUGUGGCCUUAUAUGCCAGUCAUACCCUGCUCCAGACCUUGGUUUCCUCAUCCACAAAAUGGGAAAGCUGGGCUAGAAAAUCUCUCAGGAAGGUAGGUUUCUGCUAGCUCCCAGCCUUCCAUGGUAGUGCAAAGGGAACCUUCCCAACAAAGUAAGAGCCAAAGGCUAAGAUGGCAGCCUGUGGUUUGUAGAACCUUCUAGAAGACCAUGAGACUUGGUAAGCUGAGCUUCUAAGUGGUCCAGGUUGCAGGGCUGGUGUCACAGAUGUGUGACCAGUAGAGCCACACAGGGCUUUGUGCCCAGAAGGGCCCCACGCUUGGGAAAUAAGGCUCUGCAGUCACUGUCUUCAAAUUCUUAAUAAUUUUAUCUUUGUCACCGUGUUUUGUAAGUGAAGUCCAAUGGGACAGUGGACUGUGAACUGGGGGCGUGGAGCCUCCCAUCUCCCUGCGUCCAGGAUCUGCUUCUCAGCUGCUUGCUCCUCUGCCCCCACAGUUCCAGCUCCACUCAGCUUCUACCUCCCUGCCUCCCACCCAGCAACCACUGCCAACCUGCCCCCAACCUGAGCACAGGCACACCCUGUGGGGGAGGGGGGCAAGCACACCCCACAACAUCCCAGAGUGGGGCAUGAUGGCAGCAGUCCCCAUCCUGUGCUAGCAGCCCAGGGCACAUUCAGUGCAGGACUCUGCAGGGGUGAGCCUCUAGCCUCCCCAGAUCCAGUACCUCGCGUGUCCUGCUACAAAAUUUGUAGUGCCCCUGGGGGCUGUCCAUCUGCUGGGGGUUGGGGCAGGGGCCUGUGGGAGGAUGCCUGGCUCAACCUCCUGCCCUAGGCCUGGGGCACAACGUGGGCCCAGCAGCUCACAGGAAAGGGAGCCAGAAGAUGGGUUCGAGGGUUUAUGUGUUCCCCAAGUUACCGGGGUGCCUGUGGGGGUCUACACUCCCCCGGGAGAACCCUCAUGUCUAGAGAGCACCCCAUGUGGUCAUCUCCAUGCCUGAGAGGACCCUCUCUUCCUUCUUUCUACCUUCCGGAGUCCAGCUUGUCUCUUCCGGCCAGGUCAAGGUAUCCUCCUGAGAGAACCGUGAAACACAGUGUGCCGCUUGGUAAUUCCACAUGCAUAUUCAAUAUUCGGAUAUUUCCUUUUAAAACUGGCAUUGCACAAUAUAAAGAGGAAUGGUAAAAGUCAUGCUAAUAAUUUAAAAUUUUGACUUUACUUAGAAUGGCAUUAACUAGCAAAUUUAAAACACCAUGACAAGUUGAAAGUGAGACUGGGGAAGAAAGAAAAAAGCAUGUUUUCUUACUAUUUGAACAAGGGGCCCCACAUUUUCAUUUUGUAGUGGGUCCUGAAAAUUAUGUAGCCAGCCCUGCCUGGUGAGCCACCUACCCUCUUGGGCAUUUAGUUCUUUAUCAGUAAACUAGAUCAUUAACACUGCGCCUGCCCCUCCUGCUCACGGGCACGUUAGGAACAUGCGCUUGGAUAAAAUCCAAGACAGAGAUUUAGAAACCAGUGUGUGGUGCCAGCUCUCAGCCUUGGAACCACAAGCCCAUUUUUCUUAAAAAGGGAUCUGGACUGGCAUCCAAAGAGAUUUCAGUCCCCUCAUGUAGGUUUAACCACCAUGGGCAAGGCAAUCUCUCUCCCAGGUAUUCCUCUCCCUAGGUGCUCUGCUCUAGAAAUGAAGUCUAAAAGCAGCCCCAUCAAUACAGAACAGAGUUAGAAGCACUCAGAGAGUUUUAAUCUGGAAUCCCAGCAAGUUGUGAAAUGGAAAGACUAGUCGGCCAGAGAGCUGAGGUCUCACGGUGUGCAAAGACCAGUCCUCAAUAUCUGCACCCAUCCAUUUGAGUUUCAGGUGAAGCCUAGGAUUUGGGAGCUCAGUACAAAAGUGCUAGCACGAAGGAGGGUGGGUGCCAACUAGGUUUGGAUUUAGAGACAUCCUCCUCUUGGGAAAGGAAAAAAUCCUGAUCCCACUUAGGUUUCCAGGAAGAAGGCAUCCCCAUUUCAGAACUGUUUUCUAAGCCACCCUCAUGGAGGUUUCACCUGCAGCCUUCAAUCUGCUUUGUCUGGUGUUUGAGGAUGCAACUGCCCAAAAAUGGGUCUAAAAUAGCAUCCCGUCACGUUCUGUAAAAAGUAAUACUGCUUUAAGGUAACACUUAUGGAAUGAAGGAAUGAAUGAAUGAGUCAAUUUGGAUCAAGUUGCCUCAAAUAGAGUCUAAAUAUAAGAUUUUAUACUCAAUAGUGUCAUUUCAGGAUCAGGAAAAAUUAGGUGACUCACAUUUGGUUUCUACAGCUUUUCCCCAAUACCAUGUUAAAGUUUUGGCUUUUUAUCUUAUUUCGCUUAUUUCAUUUUGAGUCAUGUCUUCUGGCUCCAGCUCAGCUUCCUAGAGGUAAUUCAUUAGGCCCGAGAGCUGCUUCAGAGUGGGAUUAGAACCCGUGUAGUACAUAGUCACAUUAAACUGAGAUCGGCUAAUUAAUCGCUCUUCUCCGUGUAACUGAGCGAUCGCGCUCCUUCUCUGAGGAAUUGCAAUUUCAUGGUUCCUAAUGAUGGUGCUAUCACAUUAUGUGGAUCACUUAGGCUGUGGGUGUCAGGAGCGGUACUUGGAGCCUCUCUCGGCGGGGAUGGGAGAAGUCACUCCUAAAACCAGGGAGAUGGAGGAAAGCAGUUAGAAUGUCUGUUACUAAUUUUUGCUAACGUGCUGCUGUUUCCUACAUCUCAUUCAGGCAUUAGUUUCAAGUUCCAUUUUCCCCCGGCACCGCGUGGCACCUUCCCCAGAACCGUCACAUUUUUUUUCUAAUAUUCACAGAGUUAUUGUUUGUAAAAAAUCUAUUUAUUUGCUGUAUUCCACCAAGUAAUUUAUUUUCAUGAGAUUUCUUGGAAAUGUGGCUCUACAUAUCGUUAAUACAAGUAAUACAUUUUAAUUGUUGUUUCCUGGAAUAACUUGUAUUAUUUGAUGAGUUAAAUAAAAUGCCUAAUUC